GAUGAUGCUUUAUAAUCAUGUGUAGUAGGCGGCAACCGAAGGUACGGGAUGGGACGCGCUAGGACCUCCCCUGCCCCAGAGGUUGUGGGUGUAGACGAAGCGAACAAAGAGAUAAGGGAGAUAAGGAAGGAUAUAUAAGACUUUGUAACGGGGCAAUAAACUCCAUUUUGCCGCUCAUCAUAUUGGUGUGUGCACGCGUCAGGAUGGCCAGGGACUAGGUGUUAGUCCUUGCAAACAGGGUACAGUUUACGAACGGAAUAUCUGGUGCUGAGUAGUCAGCAUUUGGUGCCCCGUGCGUGGAACUGCGUCACCCUGUUGUGGUGUGGCUGGCACCUGGCCUACGCGUGAGGAGUGUCCACGCGUGGAAGGCGGGAAUCGCACUUGCCUGCGGUUUCGAAGUAGGGUCGCCACAGAAGGCCGGUUCGGCGUUUAGAACUUCAGCCAUGGAGCAAGUUAUUAAGGUACUGCUUCAGUUUUGUAAGGAUUAUUGCGGUAAAUCAGCCCCUUCUAAGAAGGAGAUAGCUGCUGUGUUAUCACGGCUAGAAAAGGAGGGCUGCCUGGCAACCCCGGAGGCAGUGCUCAAUAAUGGGUUGUGGGAUUCUUUUACUAUGAAACUCGCCCAACGGGUUAUGUCCUCGCCCAAGAAAGAUAAGAAUCUGCUAAAAAACUGGGGACUCAUCCUGGGGGCGUUGAAGGCAGCCAAGGAGGAUAAGGAAACACAGUAUACGGCACAAAAAUUGGUGGGGCUUGCGGGUCGUGUGGGACAGGGUGGGAGUUUGGAAAUGGAAAGGGGGGAGGUGCGUGGGGUUUGCGCUUCCCCCACAGAUGGCCGAGGAUGUUCUCCUGCCACCGAGGCGCCGCCAGAGCCCAGGAACAAUCAACGGACAAUGCCCCGGUCGUUGAAUAAUCCUUAUCUGACUGCCUCAGCUGCCCUGAAGGAAUCCCCACCUCCCUACCCCCGCUGGAAUUUGUAUCCUGCCCUGCCGGAUGAGGGUGGGGGAGGGGGUGGCACAACGCUGCCAUAUAAGAGAACUAACAGAGUGGCCAGGGAGGAGGGGAAAGCUAACGCUGCGGCGCGGACAGCAUCCCCCCCGGAACAAUACCAAGGCGGUGGAUCGGCGCUGGCCAACCCCCCGAUGUCAGUCACUGCUGAGGAAUGCGAAGGGGGCGGGACCGAUGAGCGUACUCUGAACGCGGAUUGGUCAGAGAUAGUGCAGGGCUGGACUGCACCACCCACGUCUCCGCCCAUGGAGAUGCCCAGGGUCAGCACUCUGUGGGAUGUCCAAAAGUCAAUAGGUGCUGGGAUAGCUCCGUUGGCAGAACAUGAUCAGUUAAAGGGAUCGGACCUCAGGUGUGAUGUUCAUGUAUCAUCAGACACCUGCCAAGGGGCAGUGGUUUGGCAGGAUUCAAACAAUGCUUGGAAAAACUGCUGUCCUUAUCGAUCGGACAGUCAGUGUGCAAAUGCUUGAAUUAAGGGCUGUAAUUAUUUUGCAUAUUCGUAGUUACUCGGACGUGCCAAGUCUUUUUACCAUCAGGAAUGCCAUGGCUGACAGAGCAGCCAGCACACUUGUCUUUACAGUCACGAUAGAUACUUCCUCCUCUGUUAUCGUGGCCAUACAGCAUGCGAAGUCCAACACUACUGUCAUGAUCCUGCCUAGCUAAAUUAAGACUGGCAAUGGCCCUUGCUUUACUUUUCGCUCUACACAGGACAAGUUAGCCUUGUGGGGAAUUUCUCAUACCACAGGUAUCCCCAGUAACUCUCAAGGGCAAGCCAUUGUGGAAUGUGCUAAUCGUCUCCUUAAGGACAAGUUAUGUGUCCUUGGGGAGGGAGAAGGAUACAGGGGGAAGACACCUGUCAGCAGGCAAGCUGAGAUACUAGCAAAGGCUCUUUAUGCAUUGAAUUACUUCAAACACGGUAACAACGGAUGAACCCCGAUGCAGAAGCAUUGGCAGCCUGAGAUCAUAAGUGAGAGACUGGCCCUAUGUGGGUUCCAGCACGAUACAUUCGGCCUCAUCUCAAGGCAGAAAAUAAGUGGGAUUGUAUGUUUCUUGCUUAUUGGCAUUGUUUCAUGAUUUGUUGUAUUAUAGAUACUAUAGUGUGUGAUGAAAAAGGCUGCACUACUCACUGGAUGGUAUUAUAAUAACAACCUUAGUAAUGUAUGGCUAAGCAGGUGUUUUUCCUGUGUUAGCCAUGCAGCCUCAAGAAUUAGGAUUAUUAGGCAUAAUUUAGGUUACUGUGUGCUGCUUCUACUUCAGUAGUAGAUAGAAUGUGAAUUCACAGGAUUUGAUGUUACCAGUGUUAGGAUUUAUGGGAAUAGCUCUUUUAGUGUACUUUUACCACCUCAUUGUCAGUAAUUCUUGGUUAUGAUGUUA